GUCAAUCAGCUGACCACGAUUGAUUUUUUUCAUUUUUUCAUUGUGCUACAGGAAAAAGUUUUUGUAAAUUGUUAACAAAAAUAACCCAUGCUCUCUAAAUCAAUCAGUGUAGAUAAUAAUUAAGGAAAAUGUAUACGGUAUCUAAGGGUCCUAGUAAAAUUGUUGCCAAAACUAGAAGGAUUACACAAAAUUUGGAUAGACUGGAAACAUUACGUGAUCUUUCGCGAAAACCUUCGGAUACCUUUGAAGAAAAUCCAUCUAGUACACCGAAACCAAUCUUUCACACCAAUGGUCGCAAAAGUGGUUCACCUAGGAAUCAACAAGAAGUUAUAAGUCCGCACCAUGAAGAAAUUAUUAGAUAUAUUAAUGAAUCUUGGAAUCAUAUUGCAAAUAGUCGUUUUGAGCCGUAUAGUCCUGUCCACUCUGCUUCGUCUUCACCAGAACCUGCAUCGACAUUGUAUUAUGUGGAUAGUCCAAACGCGAUUAUGCAAAACUUUAAGCCUUUCGAUUUGGAAUCAUGGUGGGGCCGAAGACUAUUUCACAAUAUAACGAAAACGUUAUAAAUUUGUACUAGUAAUGUGUAGAUAUUAUAUCUGAUUGAUGCUAAUUCCAUCUCAUAGAUAUCAUAUUAUGAAAAAGAACACUUUACUGUCUGUUAAAAGACAGAUUUGUGGGAUAUCAUUUGACCUUUUACAAUAUCCAAAAGGUAUUGUGGUUUUAUUGUUUUUCUGAUAAAACAAGAAGCUGAACCACCAGAAUACCAUGUCAUUUGCCACAGUAGCAAUUUAAACGAUUGUAGCAUUGAUUGACAUGUGAAAAUUCAUUCGAAACACUUCAGUAACAACAACAUUGAUUGUUUUGAUUAUAUUACAUAAUGUUGGUUUCAUUAUGUAAUAUAGCUUCUUUGUAGAAAUACAUAAAGAGACUCUGAAAUUUCCGUCUCACGGUUUGGCGAAAGAUGAAGAUGAUCAAAAUAUCUUCAGAUUGUGUGAGGUUUGUGCAGUAUGUUCAAUUAGCUACAGUUAAUGAGGUUGAAGUUUAGAGUUUUUGAUAUUAUGAUUAUCGCUAACUUUUAUAAAAAUUCCAAAACUUAAAUUUUAUAAAAACUGGUGGUAAUGACACAUUCAUGAUAUGAUUAUUAGGAUUCUUGAGAUACUCAAAAACAUUUCAUAGUAUGAUAUGAGAUAUUGUAC